GCUCAGACAAGAUUGGGGCUCAAGACCCCGCAACAGCCAGAGGAUGUUGGGUUCAUGGCGAAAUGGAUUGGGGAGAAAAGUGUGCCCCUCAUCUUUGGUAGUGGGGUCAGCGGCUCUCUCAUGGCCGUUGCGUGGAACUCCACCGAGCAAGACCGGAUGGCUCGUGCCAUCCAAAAGGGGCGCUUCCGCCCAAAACAACCGGAGGACUUCCAAAGCGAGUUCGUGAACUUUGACCUCCCAGCCAUCCACCGAGGUCUUGGCAAGAAUGGCAUGGUGGCUCUCAUUGGCAUGCAAGCCACUGGAAAAACCACCACGCUUCAACAUGUUCUGUGGGAGGCCGAGAACCCCUUUUUCAUGAAGGUCUCCCACGACGACGUGCAUCGAGCCAUCCACAAUGAGUUGCGCCAGAGCAUUUGGAAGCUCCCGUGGCUUCUGGAUGGCAUGAGGAUGGAUUGGGGGAAGACCCACGAGCGUGUGGUGACCGAGGUCUUUGAGAAGGUGAAUGAGAAAACCCAAAAGCCGGUUCGCCUUGGCUUUGAUGUGGUGGCUGCGACAAAGCAGGGAAUGGAUGAGCCACAGGUCUCCAACAUCAUUGAGAUGACCACCGGCAAAGAGCACCUUCAUUUCCCCACCCACUUUGAUGCGAAGUUCUUUGUAAAGCAAGUGAAGUACCUGUGCGCAGACAGGCACUUGUCAUCGGCCCUCAUCUCCUCCAGCGAGGGCUUGAUGAUGCUGUCGUUAGGAGAGCCUCGUCUUCGUAAGAUGCUUGGAAGAGAGCUACCCAUGGCCAAGUCCAAGGCCUACCUCAAGGCCAUGGGUGAGGAAAACAUCAGCGAAGAGAUGCUGAUGAAGAUGCCCAGAACCUUUGAGAAGUUGAAGGAGCUCAAGGAAUCAGCUGACAAGGAGACCUUUUGCAACAAGCAGAUGCAAACGUGGGUGGAGGCCAUUGAGAAGACCAACAGUCAGCCCUUCACAGAUCUCAAGAGACUUUACCAGAAGGCCUUGCAUGAGCCGAUCGGCAUUGGUGACAUCAAAAGGGCUACAUCCAGCAAGUUGGCAGACGCCGAACAGGGGUUCAUCCGCAAUAUGGUCAAGACUAACAUCUUCACGCCCCGAGAUGAUGGUCGCUAUGAGUUGCAGUUUGACUGUCAGCAUGAGGCCGUCAAGAAGGUCUUUGACCUCUAGAACCACUGAGGGGCGUUUGUAAUGUUCAGGCAAUCACUGCCCAAUUGCGGUAGACAGACACCUUUGGACAGCCUUCACAGAAAAAA